AUGAAUGAGGAGGUUCCGUUGAUAGAGUCUGCAGUGGUCGAGAUCGUUCCGAAUGGGAGCGUCGCUCGUGUCACCGAUAUCAUCAUCAUUAAUGUUGGCGGACGAAAAGCGCGGCUCAAUUCUGAAAUAGUCACAAGACGACUUGCCACGUCACGGCUCGCAGUGUUCUGCGAAAAGUCGCACGUGGAGCGGCUAACCGACUGCGACGCCUACUUCGAUGCCACGUCAGAGUACUACUUCGAACGGUCGCCCAUCAUUUUCGAGUAUGUCAUAGACUUUUAUGUCACCGGAAAACUGCACCGACCCAUGGACAUUUGUCCGAUCCGCCUGAGAUAUGAACUCGAUUACUGGCGGAUUCCCACGCCGUUCAUGUCCCCGUGCUGCAUUCUCGAGGAGAACAACAAUAUGGCGAGCAAAAUGUCGACUGAGAAAGUGAGCACUUUUCACACGACGUCAUCAGAUCUCUUUCGAUGCUUUUAGGCCUACGUCGAUUCUUCGCUACCGUCGUCGUGCUUCGAUAAAGUGGUUCUGGGUCCUCAACGACUAAAGUUGUAUCGGCUGAUGGAGAAUCCGAGGUCUUCCUCCGGCGCCAAAGUCUUCUCCGUCGGAUCCGCACUUUUCGUCCUUCUUUCUCUUCUCGGACUCAUUCUCAGCUCAAUGCCAGAAUUGCAAGAUGAGAACAAGGAACCGCACUAUCUGUUGCACUGGCUUGAAUUGCUGUGAGUCCAAACAUUCAAAAAACGUUCAUUACACAAAAUUCCUGCUUACAGGUGCAUGGUAUACUUCACUUUCGAAUACCUCGCACGCCUUCUGGUCAACCCUAAAAAAGCCGAAUUCAUCAGAAGCCCUUUGAAUGUGAUCGACCUGCUAACGGUUCUUCCGUUCAUGAUCGAGGCGUUCAAUGAAUUGCAGUGGAUGAAAGAGUUCCGAGGUAUGAUCACUGCACGUAAGGAAGGCACUCAACACUUUCUACUACUUCCAGGCGCCAUGCUGGUCGUCCGUGUCAUGAGACUCGCGCGUGUCGCCCGUAUCUUCAAACUCGCGCGGUACAGUACGGGACUGCGAGCGUUCGGAGAGACGAUGAAGAAGAGUGCCGCGGAGCUGAGCAUGCUGGGAAUGUUUUUGGUGACAGGUACGUCUGGGGAACGAUAUUAUAAUCCCUUGGAAAGUAUAUAGUGUUUGCGACGAAAAUUAGUUCGCUUAGUUCCUUUGGGACCACAGUCGCAACAACAAGCAAAGAACAAGUUUUUUAAAGGAAUAAUGCUCUUCUCAACGGCCAUCUAUUUCUUCGAACGGGAUGAGCCAAACUCAAAAUUCUACAGUAUCCCAGCGGCUUGUUGGUGGUGUAAGUGCCUCAAUGAAAUGAAAUGGGAACAGUGCUCAUCUUUUAGGUGUCAUCACAAUGACAACAGUCGGCUACGGAGACCUGGUUCCGAUCACGGCUGGCGGAAAAGUGGUGGCUGCUCUGGCCUCCGUCUGCGGAAUCAUCGUGCUCGCCUUCCCGAUCUCAAUGAUCAUCGACAAGUUUGCCGAAUCCACUGGCGGCUGGAGUGGCGGAGAACCGGACGAAGAACAGGGACACCGAGCACCGAAUUUGAAUGGCGCGCCCGCGCACCCGGUCAAGAAGAAGAGCAAGCGAUACGUCGGAUUCUGAUUCUACUAAAUAUUUAUUUCAAUGUACAUAACUCUCAAUGACAAUACGGUUCAUUUUCUUCCCAGUUUCCCUCCACUUCGAAUCUUUUCUUUUCUUUCAUUUAUUAUUACCCGACAAAAAUGUAGCAUUUCUGGUUAGGUGCCCUUGGGUUACUCGCUUUUUUUUUGCUAAAAGUUAAUUUUGAAACUGAGAUAAAGUAGAUCUGUAAAUAAAAAGGUGAAACUCACUAACAUGUCGUAGCUUAAAAUGCCGACUACGCAACUAGACUGCACCGUUUGCCGACUACAGUAGUCUGCAUUCAAAUUCGCAGCCGAUCGAAAUAGGCGCCAUCUUGUUUUUGGCCUCCCGACCAUUUCUUGUUUUCUUAUAUUUCUUGCUUUUCUCGACGUCACGGUUCACGUUUCGGUGCGUCCAAAAUACGCGGUCUUCCAGAUUUCCCACAACAAACUAAUCAAUUCGCUCCGUGCAAUAGUUUCUUGUAAUAUUUACCCCGUUCUUUCAAAGGUAAGCGUAAAAAUUGAAAACAAAAAGGAAUCCACGUGGCAUCUACCUUCGCAGACCUGAUACCUGCCAAUUCCGACGGCAUCAGGCGGCGCGUUACGAAAUGGUGCGGCGUGGAAACAGAACGGCGGUCGCGGCGACGAUGACGUCGGCGUCGUCCUCGUCGGGUUCCAAUCAUAACAGCACGAACCGUUGGAGCCGUUCGCGACCCCAUUCUUCUAACAGCGGAGACAUCGAGAAAGUCGUCAAAAGUAUCGAGAGCAGCAGAAGCAGCCCGAUCGGUUCGAGCCAAAGUGUGAGUGAAUUGAGCGAAAUGCGCGUUUUCAAAAGUAAUUCGUCAGACGAAUGGCAGCCCGACAAACGGAAAGAGAAGCGUGAACGGCGGCGGCAAGGGAGCCCGCUCGAGCAGUCACUGGCGUUCGCGGGGAAAUGGUCGAAACGGUGGCGGUGCGGGAGACUCAAAGUUCUCCAUCACAAUCGAGGACUUUCCAGCACUUCCGGGCGGUCGCGGAGGAGGAGGAGGAGGAACAGCCCAUUCCACUCCCAACAAGAAUACCAGAAGAGACAGAGAGUCGCACGGAAGAUCUUCGCAUCUGGCACCCAAACCCAUUCCGUUGUUUUCUCAGAAGAACGAAAUGCACGACAUGGUCUCGACCGACGACAGCGGCGUCUCCUCGGGCAGUCGCGGCCACACUCCGAUACACGAUACGUCGUCCGCUCCGAUUCUUGGCCUCAUCAAGUCGGACCAGAAAAAGGUUUGAACGACGGAAAUCGCUAACUUUCAAUUAUGCUUCAGAAGCUCCCCUCAGCGACAGAGCUGAAUAAACGGAAGGUGUAUUCUCCAGCCAAGGACCGCACGCCACGUGGCGCCCCUAAAUCGGCUCGUGCUUCUUCCCAAUCCAAUGCUCAUUUCGGAGCUUCCGCUUCACCCAAAAAGGUAGAAACAUCGCUCUCGCGUGUGAUCAAUCGAUACAUUCCCCCUUGUUUCUCUGUGCCUCUCUGACCCUCAAACUGUCCCUUUCGCACACACUUUCACUGCAAUUCGCGAAACUUGAUCGAUCCCCCGCUAGUUCUAUUGCCUGUUGCCACCAUUUCUAAUAUCAAGUCUGGGAGCCGCCUAUCAAAGCACAGAAGACAAACAUAAUUAUCGCGAAUGUAAAGGCGGAAAGGGGCGGCCGAAUCGAUCGAAUCGAAUAACACAACGGCAAAGACGACCCGUCGUUUUCUUUGUCCCUCGCCGUCAUCUCUUCCCGCUGUAUUCUCAGGCUCUCUGUCUCGUCUUGUGCUAGAUCUAUUCAUAUUUCAUAUCAACAAUGACCCACUGACAAAAGUUCGGACAAAUGAUGAGAAUCCGUCCGGUAUGUCCCAGGAUGAAAAGCUCUAUAAAACAAUUUGUCUCAUCGAGAUCUCUUAUCGAUCGAUUUUCAGAAGUCGAUCAAUGCGGCCAAUUCAGCCAACACGGCUCCGUCCUUCAUGAAGCUGUCGAAGCUGGGCCAAAAGGUGCCGGAGAGGUAGCAGAAUUUUGAGCCUGGAAAUGAAUUGAGCAAUUACAGACGAGGAGGGAACAGAAUCAGCAAUCAUUCGACACAGUCCGGCAGCUUCACUUCUCCUUUCAGUGAAGAAAGAGAGAAGGAGAAUGAGGAGAAAACUCUAACGAGUCUGAGUUCGAUAAUUGAUGGUAUCACUCUCACAGAUGUCGGAAAGGCGAAGAAGGAGGAGGAGAAGCCUCCGACUGAUCCGAUUCCGUCCUGCAAGAGCGCCAGGACUGAUGUUCCUAGAAUCAUUCUUGGCCAGGAUGGAGGUGAGAUCACAGUUGUCAUUCAAAUCGAAAAAGUUUAUUUUAGAAAUGAGCAACAUUCCAUCGACGAUGCUCACUGAUCAAUACGGAAUGGCCGCCAUGCUGCCGAUCCUGGACAUUGUCCGAAAUCGCAUAGUUCUCCCUGAGAGCACCGGUCUUUCUGAAGAGAAACUACGCGAGAAACAUCUCCACGAGAACGUGAGUCGGCAUGACGAAGCCUUCCAAUUUCGGUUCGAGGUUUUAGAUUGAAAUGACGUGCAUCGGAAUCGAUUUGAAUGAACUGGGAGUUCCGAUCAAGACAUCGGAGAGCAAGUAAUCCCAGUGACAGAAUAUUUCACGGCGCUAAUCCUGUACAGUUACAGACCAGUGUGGCAGACAUUCGCCGGCCCGUUCGGCCAUCAACCGUUGUAUCCGACGAGCAUGGGACUGAGCGUAAGAGAAUCUCCGUCUUUUUCUUCCAAACAACCCAUUUUCAGCACUAUCAAGUUCCGAGCGUCUACUACACUGCUCGCACCCUUCAGCAGAGCUUCGACAUGACUCAGAACAUUCCGGACAAGUUCGGAGUCCACGAGCUCUUCUACAUGUUUUACAAUCUUCCGAAAGAACUGUGGCAGCUGAAUGCGGCUCGCGAACUGUACGAAUUGAACGAACUGAGCUGAUGUGAUGAUUUGUUUGCAGGCAAUACCGUGGAUGGCGUUUCAAUAUAAAGGAGAAAUUGUGGGUGCUCAAGAAGCUAGGAGAGCCUGAUGAGUGUAAGUGAAGAAAAGAGUUGGCAGAAGACGGAUGAAGAUGGUUUUAGAUGGAAUAACUGUGACGGCACCGCACAAUCCGUUCACUCAACCAGGAUUGACUCAGCAGAACGACUUGAUGAUUGGAAUCUUCGAGAUUUACGACGCCGAGAAAGCUCGCAUUGUGAGUCGCCGCUCCUACCGAAAUUCUUUAUGUAUUGACCCUUCAGACUUCUCGUGAAAUGUCUCUUCGUCGUUCCGACUUUGAAGUUCCCGCUUGGGAGCAAAAAGUGCCCGACGCGUAUCAGAAGAUGGUUUCUUCCGUCUUCCCGAAGGACGUCCUCUGGGGAAUGCGCGAGGAUCGCACCAAACCGAACGUUCUGUCCGGAUUCAACGGUCUCACUUCGUCCGUCAAACCUACCGGAAGCAAGUGAGUCAUACCUCAUUCCUCCGCAGUUUCCCAUAUGAAAAGAAUAAAUUCCAGACUCCCGAACCUCGUGCUCCCGAAGCCGCAACCGUCGAACCGUCGUCUUCUGAGCUUCGUCGAUUCGCCCGACGCGAACCAAAGCUUCGACCUUUCGUUCGGAAGUCUCCCUCAGAACAUGGACGACUUUUUCCGUCAGCAGCAGAUGUAUGCCGUCCUCCUGCAAAAAAUGCAGCAACAGCAGAAUCUGCAGCAACAGCGACAGUCGUCGUCCAACUUGCACUCUUCCUCGUCGUCCAGUUACUAUUAG